AUGUUACAAACAUUAUAAAACGAGCUAACAACUUUGCAAACUAAUAGCAAAUAAUAAGACUAAAGGCUAGAAAAUUUAUAUAUGAGUUUUUAGGAAAUUUAUGAUUUAAAAAAAAAGUUGGAUAAUCCAUCUUCAACUAUGCAUAAUAUGCUUAAUUAUGUGAGACCUGAUAUUUUCCAUUAAAUAUUUAUAUUUUUAGAUACUAAAUAAAUUUUCCGAUUCAGAUUAGUUAGCAAGAAAGCAAAUUAUGUAGUAAAAUUGAUGCUUCCUAAAUAAAUAUUUAUUUUUUAAUAAUAAAUAGCUGAUCAAUAAAAUGAAAUAUAAUUAAAGAUCUAAGAUAUAUAAGGGAUAGGAGAAGAUUAAUCUUAACAAUAAGUUAUGAAAGCAGCGAUUGAUGGGGUGUCAAGAUUAACUAAAAACCAUAUUGUUGAGCUUAAAUCCUUAGCUAGACCUCCUGAAUUAGUUGAAAAGAUUAUUAAUCUAGUAUGCAUGACUUUAGAUCCAACAUUUAAGAUAUAAAAAGAUAAUUGGAAAGAAUGCCAAAAGUAUCUAAGUCGUGUAAAUUUUUUAGAGUUAAUUGCAACUUUAGAUAUUAGUAGCAUAAAUGAUAAGCAAUUAUAGUAGCUAGAAUAAGUUAAUAGUAUUUAAGAAUAAUAAGCAGCAGCAAUGUCAACAGUUGCAAAAUUUAUACUCAUUUUUUUGAAAGCUGUAUUUGAAAUAAGGUAAUCUAAACUUUACAUGACAUAAAAUGCUAUUAAAUAAUUAGAGAGUAAAAUAAUGAAAGAGGAACAAUUAAUUAAAAAAUUCGAAAAGAUUAUAAAAUGA